GGGGGUGGAGCGAACUGGGAAAGUUCACGUGCAACAGAUCGACUCCUCUUACUACAUGACACCAAAAAAAAAGUAGCAGGGGAUUUUUUGUUCUCUUUACAACUUGUUGUCUCUGUUGAGUUUUGGUUGUGCCUUCAUUUACGCCUCAGGGCAAGGAGCAACGCUGUAUAGCCCACUUCCCUGCCCUGUCCAAGCCUGGACUGUCUCCUAUUUUGAAUUUGCAGCGUGGACUGGCUACAAGUGACAUCCGACCGAAAGCAGAGAGAACCUGAAGAAACAAGUCUCUCUCUCUCUCUCUGUCUCUCCCUCACUCUCUCUCUCUCUCUCUCUCUCUCCCUCUCUCUCUCUCUCUCUCUCUCUCUCUCCCGCGUUCUCUGAGGCACUGGGAAACUUCUGAGAGCUGAAACCUGAGGGGAUAGAAAGAGCAAGAGAGAGAGAGAAAGAGAGUGAGUGAGUGAGCGAGAGUGCUCGCCACUACCUCUGGAUACUUUCACUCCCUGUCAGCUGUUCCCCUCAAUCUCAUCCUGCACUGCGCUCUCAGGAAGGAAGCCAGGAAGCUCUGGCACCCGAGCACCAGCGAGGCCCUACUAUGGACCCUAACUCAGCAGACGCAGACGCAGGGGACCUCAACGUCACCCAUCAAACCCAGAUCACAGACGCAGAUGGAGAGGAUAAUGGAUACUUUGAUGCAAUACUCGGAGUGGUGAUAGCCACGGUGGUGCUGGUGAUCGUGUGUGUGCUGGCGGUGCUGCUGCGCUACAUGUACCGGCACAAGGGCACCUACCACACUAACGAGGCCAAGGGCACAGAGUUUGCCGAGACAGCAGACGCGGCGCUGCGGGGCGACCCGGCGCUGCAGGAGGCCAUGGACGAGAGCAAGAAGGAGUACUUUAUCUGACCUCGACUAGGACUACACCACAGCAUGGCACGGACGCAGUGUUGCAUAUCAUCUGGACGAGAGCAAUGGGGAGCACCUACCUGGACUAAUGUAACGACACGACAACGGACAUGGACGACGAGAGCUAAAACGCAGUAUUGACCUAUACGACCUAAAUAGAACGUCAUCUAACCUAGACUACGGCACGACAUGGAGAAUGACAGCUAAGACGCAGUAUUGCAUAUCAUCUGGACGAGAGCAAGGGGGAGCACCUACCUGGACUAAUGUAACGACACGACAACAGACAUGGACGACGAGAGCUAAAGCGCAGUAUUGACCUAUACGACCUAAAUAGAACGUCAUCUAACCCAGACUACGGCGCGACAUAGACAAUGACAGUUAAGACGGAGUAUUGCAUAUCAUCUGGACGUGAGCAAGAAAGAGAACUUCGCCUGACCUAGACUAUAGUACGGCACGACACAGACAAUGAGAUGAAGGACAGAGUGAUGCAUAUCCUCUGACCUAUACGAGAGUAGGAAAGAGGAAGCUAUCUGACCUCCACGGCCUAGCAGUAGUACUGUAGCCAGGCUGUGCCCUCUUAGUGAUGCAACAGCUUCAGCAUUGCUACCAGUCAGGUCAAGAGCAAUGCAAGUACUUUCUGAGUUCCCGCAAAUACGGGAACUCCUCCCACUUUGUUGGGAAGCAAACAAUCAUUAGCAAACCAAGGGAGGCCAUCUGGGAAAUGCCAUUUGGGGAAUGUUAAUUGUUAUGCUCUUGGUCAGACCAAGUCUCGAAGAGAUUUGAAAGUCGAUGAUAAUCAGGCUAGUAGUACUGCCCUCUAGGAUGCUCCUGGACUACAGCACAGCAACCUCAUGUCUCUGUGUGUGUCUCGCUCUGUCCUCUGUCCUCUGUCCACAUAACACGCCUGCAGAGAGUGCACAGAGCAGGGGGGUUCAGCAAACACACGUGACCUCCUCCCCCAUGCAUCAGAAGUCAUGGGAUAGAGUCUCAACCAGACUGAAGUGUAGAAUUAAAUAAAUAAAUAAAUAAAUAAAAUAAAUAAAUAAAUGAAGUGCCAAAAAACGCAACAGAGGAUUUUUUUUUAUCUCCUCUGACUCAGAGAAAAAAAAGCUACCAAUCUCCUUUUUUUCCUGGCAUGGAAAAAAGGACGUGAAGUUAAUGAUGCGUGAAGUGUAGACCAAAGAGAUAAUGCCUUUUAGAGGGACAUUAAUUACAAUGUCCAGUGUUUUGUGGACGCACAUUAGUCAUGAGGUCCUGCAGCAGCAAAGAGAAAGAGAGAGGGAGAGAGAGAGGGAGGAAAGAUGUUUUCUACCAACACAGACGCAGGCUAGAGCAAGCGAGCUAGCGAGCAUGAUGACUGAAGCACUCUCGGGAGAGCAAUGUUGUGGAGUAUUGGAUGUGGCAGGAUGUUGUAUUGGUUUCCAAAGUAUAAGAAGUGUGCAGAAUUUCUAAUGCACAGAUACGUUUCUUUUUUUUUCUCCCAGUUGGUCAAUGUGAAAAUAAAACAGUAAAUACGAAAAUGUGACUGACAUUUUAAGUACUACUAACUAUUCGCAUUAACUAGUGAUUAAUGAGGGGAGAUGUUUUUGAAUGCCAUGUGACAAUCUUCUGAAAGCCAAAAAUUUGGAACGUUUCAUGUGAUAUAAGUUUCAAUGGAAUUUGUUUGGGCAGAGUAAGGGACAAAUGUUUCAUAUUUUAACAGACAUUUUGAAUACUUUAAUUGAAUUAAACAUCAUUAUUGCCACAAAUAUAUCAGAUAUGUAUGCAGGCAGCAAAUCAGUCUAUCAAUUACAUUCUAACACAUUUGAUAUGAACUGCUAUAAAGAGCAAUAAACUGUGCAUAAAUCCCCAUUAUUAUUGACAAUGACAUAUCUAACUUGUACAAUAAACAUCACAAUGUUAUUUAUUGAGCUACACAUGAGUUAUACAUGUAAUCAUAAUUGUGUCUGCUGAUAAUUGAAUUGAAUAUGUUUGAUGUCAGUCAGUAAAGAUGCUUUAUUUCCAUGUUAUAAUAACACAUGGCUGAAGCCAA